AGUGAAUUUAUAUAAAUUUGGACGCAAGAGAGGAAGAUUACUCCCAGGAAUACUGAACUUUAAAGAUGAUCUUACAUUGUCAGUAAAUGAUGAGAAGAAUCUGUGAUCUGGUGGUUUAGGCUUCAGUGAAAACAGUCACUGUGAAAAUGAAAGUACGUGAGCUCAGAAACAGACUCCAUUUUGAGAAAAGAACAGAGAAGAGGGAGGAGAGGAUGAGGAUACAGGGUGAGUCUUUACUCAGGGUUUUUGUUUUAAUGUCAAACUCUUUAUCUGUAUCAUCCGUUAAUGAAAAAUGAUUUACUGACUAAUACACUUCAAAACUGCAAAGGAAAGAAACCUGACCAGACAAAGAGCUGGAUCAGUUCUUGAUACAGGAAACUGUGUACGUGCAGUUCUGCUUCCUCUUUGUUUAGACUUGUCUUUUUAGUAAAAAGAUAAAUAAGAAUCUUUUCAUUUAGCCACUCAUUUAAAAUUUGAUAAUUUAAUCCAGUCCCCUUAAUUUUCUUUAUUACAGUUCAGGGACCGCACAGCUAAUUGUGUUUUGACCCUAAAUCAGAUAAGGAUCAUUGAGAGGCCCUGCAGGGUGAGGAGACAUCCUAAGUACUUGGAUAUUAAACCUGUAUAACUCUUAAAGAGGGAUAUUAAGCUUUUUUCAGACUCUGUACUUCCUUUCUAAUCCCUUUUUAAUAUUUUUACAUGAUUUAGAGUCUUAAAAAAAACUCCUGUUUCUCACUCUGGUUUUAAAAGAUCAUUAUUUCUGCCCCCCUCCUAGCUGCUGUCCUUUUUGCCCAGACCCCCCAACCUACUUUUAUUUCUAAACACUCCUCCUGUUUGUGUUUCACCUGUUUAUCUACUUUGUCCUCAGGUUGUAUAACUCAGUUUCAUCUUCCAUAAACUUUGACAACAUCAGAUGGAGAAGAUGAGUGAUUGUGUUGAGGAAGAGGAGGGCAGAGCAAAGUCUGUUAUGUCCGACUGUCUGUCUAUGAAGAGUGACCGAGUGAUCGAGAACUUCAGUAAAGAACCAGGACCCUCAAAUGCAGAGUAAGAGAAAUACUUUUUAACCUCCAAACUCUCAAACUGUAAUUUAGUAUAAAUUCUGACCCCUCUGCUUUCUACCAUGGUGAGAAAAAUGAUCUCUGCUCUUAAAACAGUGAUUUUCCUGUUUAACCUCCGACCUGGAAAAAGAAAAGGAAAAGUCACUGAGCACAUAUUUACUUAUUAUUCAUCAUGUUUAUAAAAAUGUCUUUGGACUGUGGUGUAUAGACCCCAGAAAACAGUCUGUGGGUCACAAAAUACCAGAAGACCAAAGAAGAAAUAAAUCCUGAGAAAUACAAACUAAUUCAGAGCAUCUGUCUGUUAUUAGACCUUUAGAUCUGAUUGGUCAAAAAAUGGUUUAAACUGUCAGAGAAAAUCUCUCUACCCUCAAAAAUCACAGUUUAGUUUUCUCUCCUGUCUCCACACUUUCAGGCAGCAGCAGCUGAAUAUUUUACAGAUUGUUUUAUGUUAGAGAAAAGAGUGAGGUCAGAAACUCUGGAAACUUAUUCUGUAUCUUUCAAACAUGAAAUGAUAAUGAUAAAGAAAAUAAAUGUUCUUUAUUUCCACAGAGAGACACAGAGAUGUGACUCUGUGGAGGAGCAAUUGUCCAGAUAUCUCAAUUCUGGUGGAAGUAAGUCUGAACAUCUGUCCUCUAAAGUCUGUGUGGAUGAAAAUUCAGCUGACUGAUUGAUCACAAAGACGUUUUUGUGUUGAGCAGUUUGGUUCAUUUUAUUUUUCUUCUCUUUCAGCAGAUCGUGGUCUGCAGGAGGUUUUAGAUGAACAUAAGAUCAGUCUGAAGAGGAGAUGUGAACGUGUGAAUGAAGGAAAUGAUGAAGCAGGAAGUAGUCAAACCCUCCUCAACAGGAUCUUCACUGAGCUCUACAUCACAGAGGGACUGAGUGAAGAGGUGAACACCCAACAUGAGGUGAGACAGCUGGAGACAGCUUCAAAGAUUAAGACCGUCCAUGACACGCCCAUCAAGUGCCAUGAAAUCUUCAGAGUCUUACCAGAUCAACAGGAAGUGGUCAGAGUGGUUCUGACCAACGGCGUGGCUGGUGUUGGAAAGACCUUCUCAGUGCUGAAGUUCACUCUGGACUGGGCAGAGGGUUUGGAGAACCAAGACCUCAAUCUGGUGAUCCUGCUUUCAUUCAGGGAGCUGAACCUGAUCAGAGAUGAGUGCAUCAGUCUUCUGAGUCUGCUCCAUGUUUUCCAUCCAACACUCGAGAGGGUCACAGCAGAGACGCUGGCUGUCUGUAAACUUCUGUUCAUCUUUGACGGUCUGGAUGAAAGCAGACUGUCUCUGGAUUUCACAGACUCUGAGGUUGUGUCUGACGUCACACAGAAGUCUUCACUCAACGUUCUGUUAACAAACCUCAUCAAGGGGAACCUGCUCCCCUCAGCUCUCAUCUGGAUAACUUCUCGACCGGCAGCAGCCAAUCAGAUCCCUCCGUCAUGUGUGGACAGGGUAACAGAAGUACGAGGCUUCACUGACGCCCAGAAGGAGGAGUACUUCAGGAAGAGGUUCAGAGAUGAAGAUCUGUCCAGUAGAACCAUCUCACACAUCAAGUCCUCCAGGAGCCUCCACAUCAUGUGUCAGAUCCCAGUCUUCUGCUGGAUCACUGCAACAGUUCUGGACGAUAUGAUGAUUACAGAGCAGAGAGGAGAGCUGCCCAAGACCCUGACUGAUAUGUACUCACACUUCCUGCUGGUCCAGACUAAGAGGAAGAAGCAGAAGUAUGAAGGAGGACAUGAGACAAGUCCUCAGGAGCUGAUGGAGGCUGACAGUGAAGUCCUCCUGAAGCUGGGGAGGCUGGCCUUUGAACACCUGGAGAAAGGAGACAUCAUGUUCCACCAAGAUGACUUGGAGCGGUGUGGUCUGGAUGUCUCAGAGGCCUCGGUGUACUCAGGUGUUUGUACAGAGAUCUUCAGAAGAGAGAGUGUGAUCUUCCAGAAAACAGUUUACUGUUUCGUUCAUCUGAGCGUUCAGGAGUUUCUGGCUGCAGUCUACAUGAUCCACAGUUUCACAAACAGGAACACAAUGAUUUCAAAGAUUGUUCCCAAUUUUUUUCAAACCCUGGAUAACAGUUUGUCAUCUCUGGAUGUCUUCUUGAAGAGUGUCAUGGAGAAAUCCCUUGUCAGUAAAACCGGUCACCUGGACCUGUUUGUUCGCUUCCUUCAUGGACUCUCUCUGGAGUCAAACCAGAGACUCUUUGGAGGUCUGCUGGGUCACACAGACAACAGUCCAGAAAUGAUCCAAAGAGUCAUCAAGAACCUGAAGGAGAUGAACAGUUAUAAUUCUCCUGACAGAAGCAUCAACAUCUUCCACUGUCUGAUGGAGAUGAACGAUCUGUCUGUUCAUCAGGAGAUUCAAGAGUUCCUGAAGUCAAAGACCAGAUCAAAAAGAAUCUCAGAGAUCCACUGCUCUGCUCUGGCCUACAUGCUGCAGAUGUCAGAGGAGGUUCUGGAUGAGUUGGACUUAAGGAAGUAUUACACAUCAGCCCAGGGACGACUGAGACUGAUCCCAGCUGUGAGGAACUGCAAAAAGGCUGUGUAAGUCCAGGUUUUAUUCUCAGAAUAGUGUAAAUGAUCCCUGUAGUUCUUCCAGUGUCCAGGUUACUGAUGAUGUUCCUCUUCAAAACUCAAAUAUCAGGGAGGGGGUUUCUUUAGGUUUGGCAAAACAUGAUCCUGGUGUCAAAAGUCCCGUUAGCACAGGAUGAGGUCUACCUGUGGACCCCUGAGAACUUGUCCUAAAUGUGGGGGACCUCUUUGUUUUUAAUCGUGUCUGUAAUGAAUAAAGUCAAACUUUCAGGACAAAUCAGCGACCAUAUCUGAGGACACACAGAGGUCUUCUGAUGAUGGUAUCAGUCCAGUCCAAAUCAACAUCUCAGUCAACUGUGGUGAACUUGAGUGUAAAGAAGGUGGCUGCAGCUUUUUCCUGCUGGGUUUCAGGUUUGAAAUGAUGAAUCUGUUGUAAAUGAGGGUGUUGACAGCAUUUAUGCUGAAAAUAGAACAGGAUUAUUUUCUACACAGUGGCAGAACUGUCUCUGUACCAUAAUGCUCAUCAUUCAAUAUUUAUAAUCAAUACAACCAUGAAAACUAACAUCAUUUUCCACCACUCACUGGAUAUUAUAUGGUGGACUGUAACAUAUGCAUGAUGACAAGAUUUGAGUUAUUUGGACAGCAGCUUGAUGGGUCGGAAAACAAUGAUGGAAAUAGGAUGUUAAUGUCUCUCUCUCUCUCUCUCUCUCUUUGCCCUCGGUGCUGCAGGUUGGCACUGACACUAGUCUGCCUCAUAACACCUUAUAGCAUGUGGAAACAGCCAUGCUCUUCCACUGUAUAUAUGGACACCAUGGCCCUCAUUUAUCAAGCUUGGGUACGACAGAAAACUAACGUACACCUUGCGUACGUAAAUUGUGACGUGAGGAUCAGCAUUUAUCAAUCUGCAUGUGAGCUUACGCUAAGACCAAAUCUCAGGACAGGUCUGACAUCGUGUACGCAAGUUUGAGUCAGUGUGGAUCUGCGGAGCAGCAGAUGUCUGUCUCAAAAUAAUUGAUAAACAAACCUCAAACCUGUCAUUAAGCACAAUCAGCCAGAUUUUAUUGAAGAUUAAGACGUAAAUAAAAUAAAUUUGUUAUGUCCUUAGUGAAUUGGCCUAUUUGAUAACUCUGCCCAGAAACACUGCUACAAAGCAGGAGUGCUGUUUUAACAUUACACACAGGCGCCACUGUGGAGCGCUGUGUUUGACUCCUAAAAGGCAGGUGUCUCUGUCUUGGUCCAGCAGUGGGGACGUUGUUGUACACUCCUGAAAGGGUGUGGGACAUCAUUUGGGCCAGUACAGUUUUGCACAAUGAAUGGAGUGCCGUUGGCUGUGCCAGUGCAACGUGAGGACCCGGGUGCUGUACAGAGGAGAAAGGACCUUAUCGAUGGAUUCUGACAUGUAAAGUAUAAGUUUAAAAAGUGCUCUUGCUAUUUAAUCAGUGAUAAAAAUCCAAUAGAAAUCCAUCAAAAUGUGCCUCAGGGGCAGCAACAUACCGUUUGGUGAGGUUAAUAAUUAUUUUUGUUCAGCCUCUGUCAGACUCUCCAGUCUGCUCUACAUUACAAAGACGCAACAAAUUCAAACUAAAUACUUUCAGUUAUAGGAGCAACGUACCCUAUGUCAGGGCAAUAAAAAAAAAUGGGGCAUGUAUGAGAUAUUAAUUCAUCAUCAUGAGCAACUUAUUGACUGAUGAUUUAUUCAAACUUCAGCCACUGUCCGCUAUUCCGCUGCAGUGUUGUUUAGCGCCUCCAUAAUCCUGCUCCAGACAGGAGUUUUCUGGUACCAGUUUUGAUGCUUCCAAAGAGAAAAUCCUUGUUUGUUUCCACCACAGAUGUGAGGAUAUCUACUUUCAGCUCGGAAAAGUUUCGAAUCUUUUUAAUAUUUCUCUUCUUUCAUGUUUGACCCCAGUGGGCGAGGCUUCUGAACCACGAAAAUUAAAGGGUGUGACAUGAUAAUGACAAUCGAUUUCAGCCGCCGCAUUUAUCAAGACCCAAUCAUACAUAUGCUGGGAUUGGUCAGAUACGAACCCUUUCAUAAAUCUCACGUGUGUCCUAUCGUACUAUGAAUCCUGCGCUCAGACCUGCGCUCAGUUCUACGCAAGAUUGAUAAAUCAGGGCCAUUGUCUCUAAGGAGAAGCAGUAUGACUGCAUCAUCAUCAACAUCAUCAUCAGCAGCAGCUUUCCAUGGUGUCCCUUUGUUGUCAUAAUGCAGAGUGAAGAUGAUUCCUCUAAUGUUGAGGUGUUGGUGGGCUGUAGCGGUCACAUCUCUCCCUCUUGUCUGCAUGCCUCUGUUUAAGAUGUUGAUGUAAAUUGGUCAGACUGCUGAAACAGCCUUUGAACAAACACGGCAGCAGACUGGGGUUUGAUCCAGGUCUGAGACUGUGAGACUGGACCAGUUCAAAAGGACUAAGAAGACAGACUUUUUUAGGGGGCAGAAAAGUCCAUUUUUAGUCAUUUAGUUUAAACACUAAAAAGGUCAAGAAUAACCUCAACCCUAACUUUGGCCACAGCUCUUAGGGAUUUACUUUUAUUUUUAUUGUUUAACUUUCAUGAAGUAUUCGACGAUAACGGCUGAGAGAGAGAGAGUGAGUGUGAAGGUUGUGUGUCAUGGUACUUAGUAGUGAAGUGUGGAGUCCUUUUGUAAAUCAAGACCCAAUUGAAAGUCUGAACACAGUGAUUUUUAAAAGCAUUCUUGGAGUCCACAGGAACACCCCCAAUGAUGGAUGCAGAGCUGAAUCAGGACAAUUUCCCCUUAUAAUUUAAAUCCAAAAAAGGGAAAUCAAAUUCUACUAACACCUCAAAACCAGUGACCCCAGCUCCUACCACUACAAAGCCCUGCAGAGCCAAGAGAAGAGCAGAGACAGGAGUCCUCUCAGCCAGCUGGUCCACAAGCUCAGCUCCACCAGCACCAAGCAACAAGACCAAUCUGUGUGAAGUUGGCCCCCCAAUCAAAUUAUACAAAAACAAAAAGACAACUACAUCAACUCUUGGACAUCUACAACCCAACUUCAAUGCUAUGUGGCCCUGAACAGACAAUACUCCAUGGCAGAUAACCUGAGUUCAGUAACUGACCCCAGACUAAAGAGAACCUGGACUGUGUAUAGACUCAGCAACCACAGCCUGGCCUUAAAGAGCGGCCGCCACAGGUAGACCUGGCUGCCCAGAGAGAAGCGGCUGGGUCAGCUCUGUCCUCACACACAGCUGGAGACACAGCAGCACUUUCUGUUAAGGUCCUUACACACCGGGCGAGAAUUCGCCAGGCGAAUUGUUCGCCUUUUUUUAAAACAGCUUAAAGUCAAUGCAAGCUUCCACACCGGCGGCGAUUUUUCCGCGGGGCGAAAAGCCGCUUUUAUUUUUUCGCUCCUGUGUCGAAUUUUUCGGAUAUUCGCAGGCGAAUAUCUGGACCUGCUAGACCUCUGGCCAAUCAAAAGUCAUGUUGUUGAUGACGUCACAGACCCAUACGGCUGGAGGAGAGGGAGACGUUUGAGAUUAUGAAUACGCAGAGAAAGGCAGCUGAGGUGCAUCCAAAACUCUUUCUAAUUACUAAUGAAGUAGUUUCCUCACAAGAUGACACUCUCUUGUCUUCCACCUCGCAUCUCCUCUCCUCCGUGCCGCAAAACGACUUUAUUAAUUCGCUUUGCAAAAAAUAUACGCAUAUUCGCUUCGCGGCCGGUGUGUAUAGGCGAAAGCGAUUUUUCGGACCGGUGAAUAUUCGCAAUUUUCGUCUCGCUUUUUCGCUUCGCUCCGCAAAUUCGCCGGUGUGUAAGGACCUUUACACUGUGACACAUACACUAAACUCACACACAUAACUCCUCACCACUCCACCAACUCACAGACCAGGAAAAGUUAAAUCAUCUAUUAGGAGAACAAAGGGCCACUGCUGUAGAAGCAACAAAAUAUGUGAAUACAUGAAAAAAUGUGAAUACAUGCCAUCAGAAAAGAGAAGAGCUGCUGAAAAUAACCUGAACAGCUGCUCUGGAGUUUUUAACUGCAAAAAUGAUGAUACUGACACUAUUUAUUUACUUUUAUUUUUAUUAUUGUUGUUGUUAUUGUUAUAUUGUAAUACUUGGGCAAUAUUGUUAUAACAAUCAUGCCGAUAAAGCUUAGAGAGAGAGAGAGAGAUCACCAGAGCCCAAAGACAGCGGUGCAGUGGGUCUUUGUAGCUGUCUCCUAAAGGUGCUCUCUGGAUUCAUCAGGCUUUAUAAACUUGUUUCUGAUGGUGAAGGGAAUUUUACAUGGAGAAAAAAACUUAAUUGAAAACAAAUAAAUCUUCAAGUCUUUAAAUGUUCAGAGUCAAACCAGCUCUAACCUGCGAAAAAAAUGAUUUUAUCUGAAUCAAUCGUAGAAAAAGGAGUUGCUGUGAUUUAGUGAGUCGUCAUCUGUUUGGUCAACAGUCAGCGUCUAUGGAAAGACUUACAUUACAGCAGGAUGUCAACAUUAAAUACUGAGAGGAGCACUGAUUCUCCAUGUGCUAAGAGGUACUUUGGAUACUAACCAAUCACAUACCAGGACCAAAAACCUGGUUCUCAGUCCCCUUCUCCAACCAGAACUCAAGAAUUCACACAAUCAUAAUGAUACAGCUGCACUAACAUGAAGACAACACUGUUAGAGAACAGAAUGACUAAAAUAAGUCAUGGAGUCAUUUGUCUUGAACAUGGAUAUUAGUAGCUGUCUGGUUAAAAACAGGCCAUCUGUCAAACCAAAUAAAAUGUUUGAGUUGUUUUUGGUGAAGAGAAACAUCAAAUGACCCUUCAGUUAAAUAUUGUUUGAUAUUUAUGUUGUUACAGACUUUAUGGCUGUGGACUCUCAGAGACUCACUGUGAAGUUGUGGCCUCAGCUCUGAAGUCCAACCCCUCCCAUCUGAGACAUCUGGACCUGAGUCACAAUAAUCUGCAGGAUUCAGGUGUGAAGCUUCUCUCUGCAGGACUGGAGAGUCCAAACUGCAGACUGGAGACUCUGAGGUCAGACACCAUUUCCUUCUGAUCUAACAAUAAGAUGUGACAGUUUCUGCCUUAGAUUUUUCUCUGUGGUUUUUCCAUCACCUUUGGUCGAGCAGUUUGAAUUUGUAGUUGUAAAAAUUCAACACAGGAAGAAAAAUCCAACAUUUCAGAGUUGACUUUGAGUAGAAUGAUGGAUGUAGAAAGGAAGCAGGAGAAAAUCAGUCCCACAAAUAUUACACAUGCUUGUAGAGGGCAGGAGCAACACAGACUAAAGGCUGAUAUUGAACUGAUCCACAAUUAAUGUGAUCACUAAUGAAUGAAUGAAGUGUCAGAGAAAUGAUGAGCUGCAGAUUGAAACCUGAAGAACAAAGUUAAUCCAACUCUGGAUAUUUCAUUUGGAAACUCUUGAAAACUUGAAAAUUUCUUCUUUGCUCAGUCGUGUUCAAAUGUAAAUACAAGAUCCAGAUUUUUCUACAGUUUUCACUUCAGUUUGUUGAACAUUAACAUCAUCUUGUCCAGUUGGUCCAUAAAAACCUCUCUGAUCAAUGAUCUGUUGGUUUAUUUACAAGUAGUUUGGCAGUUGUUGACAGCAGACAGAGAGACCCCUGAAUAUAUGCCUGACUGUUUUAAUCUUCAUGAAGAAUUCAUGACUACAAAAAAAAAAACCUCUCACAAAAAAGAUUUCUCACAUUAGUUUCUCAGGAUCUCACUAAAGUUUUCUGUUUCUUUAAGAUUUUCCUGACUGAAAAAUUCCGCAAGAUCUUCAAAAAGUUUAGAGAGGAUUUCACAAAGUUCCUCAAGAUCAACUCUGAAAAAGUUCUUCUACUAUGUCCUUCAGAGGCUCAAGGACAUUGAAUCAUUAAAAGCAGAAACAGUUUCUUCAGAAGUUAAAAGAUUUUUUCUUUUUUUCAGACUGUGGGACUGCAAUUUGUCAGAGAUCAGCUGUUCUUCUCUGGCCUCAGCUCUAAAGUCCAACCCCUCCCAUCUGAGACAUCUGAACCUGAGUUACAACAAUCUGCAGGAUUCAGGAGUGAAGCUGCUGUGUGACUUUCUGCAGAGUCCAAACUGUAAACUGGAGACUCUGGAGUCUCUGGAGUAAGUUUAGUCUUUGUCUGUUUCUGGUAUAGAUUUCUGUGUUUAAUUUUAACCUAAUUUAAAUGUUCACAGAAAUCUUUAAUAUGUCCAGAACUUUCUUCUCACUCACAUAAAUUCAUAGGUUUUUAUUGAAUCAGCAGUCAGAUAAAGAUGGAGGAUUUAUUAGGUUCCUGUUUUGGCUUCACUGUCUCUUUUCUGUGAAUCCAAACCAGUUCUCCAUCACAUUUGAGGUCUUGUCCGUUAUUUUACAUGGAGGGUCAGAGCAGACCAGAUAAGGAGCUCUGACAGACUGGAUCUGGUCCAAAGGCCUCCUGUUGGAGUUCUCUAAGCUUCAUAUUUUAAACCUGAACAUGAUAAGUUUGAUUAUUAAUUAUUUUUAUUUUCAUUCUUCUAUUUUUUCAGACUGGAUAAAUGCCGUUUGUCAGAGAUCAGCUGUUCUUCUCUGGUCUCAGCUCUGAAGUCCAACCCCUCCCAUCUGAGAGACCUGGACCUGAGUAACAACAGGCUGCAGGAUUCAGGAGUGAAGCUGCUGUGCGACUUUCUGCAGAGUCCAAAGUGUGAACUGGAGACUCUGGGGUCAGACCUUUUUCCUCCGUUCAAACAUUAGCAUGAUAUGUUUGUGAUGAUGACACGAAACUGCUGACUCAGGACUGAAAUACUGACCAAGACUGAUCACCUUCAGUCCAGAGUAGAUUUUCUGCAUCAGUGGAUUAUUUGAGUGACUCCAGUUAGAUCACUGCUAAGCUCCAGUGAAUUAAAACCUGAGCACAAGAAGAAAACUCUUUGUAGACUUCACAGUGAGAAGCACAUUCAGACAGAAAACAGAAGCAGGGAGAGAUUUGUCAGACGAGAGCCAUUCAAACUUUUGUUCAGGGCAAGAUCAGGGAGUAGAAAAAACUCAGAGUUUAGUUUCUGAAAGUCCAGCCCUGUUACUUUAAAUUUGUUUUUGAAUCUUUGAGUAAAAAUCUUCAUUUUAUGAUUUAUCAUCACUUUUCUGAAACGUUGCUGUGUUUAGACUGAAAUAUAUGCCUCUCAAAGACGUGAUAUUUUUGGUUCAGCAAAGUGAAAAUAUUCUGAACAUCCUCUCCUGACAUUUUCUGAAAAUAUUGAGCUGCAUCUACAAUCAGUAAAAAGGUCUCUGAGAUUUUUUUUCUCUAUUUAAUGUGUUUUUGAAUUUACUGAUUCAAACUUACUUCCUGUUUGGUUUAGCUCUUUGGAGCGUCACUUUACUUUGAUUCAUACUUUCCAAACCUUUCCCCUGAACUCUACAGAUUUAAAACAUCAGAUUUCAAAAUGGAUCAUGUUUGUCUAAAAUCUCAUUAUUUCCUCUUUAUUUAGGUUGAGUAUCUGCAGUUUGACAAAGAUCAGCUGUUCUUCUCUGGCCUCAGCUCUGAAUUCCAACCCCUCCCAUCUGAAAGAACUGUGGCUAUAUAACAGCAAUCUGCAGGAUUCAGACAUGGAGCUGCUGUGUGAUCUUCAGAAGAGUCCAGACUACAGACUGGAGACUCUGAGGUCAGUAUAGAGUUGGAGUUAGUCUGUGCACUCCACACAGUAUCACAGCAGUUAUUCAGUAUUUCCUGCUGACUCUUCGACCCUCUCAGAGGAUUCUUUCUUUAAUGAAGCUGUGAGAACAGAAAUCAUCAAACCAGGAGUGUAAGAGUGUCAGUGAUGAAAAAGUGUCUCCUCGUCUCUAUAUUUCAGAUCAAAUAUAGAAAUUAGACAUAAUGAAAUAGAAAUGUUCAGUUUCUACUUUGAAGUUGAGUUUAUAGGUCUCUGUAUUCAACACAGACUUUAUUUCUCUGCUAACUUGUUGAUUUUGGCCUCUAAGUUUGAAAACAGAUAGCUGUUCUGUAUACUUAUUUUCACAACAGGUUUGUUACAUCAGCUUUAACACAUUUGACAGGAAUGAUUUCUUUAUUUUGAUGAUGUUGGUUUAUUUUUGAGGAAAGCUGCUGCUUUACACCAUCACUUCUUGUCUGAGCAGGACUCAAACCUGCUGGUCUUUAAACUGAAUGUUCUUCAGUCCAGCUGAUGAAGUGAGUCUCAGAGUGGAAACACUGAUUGUCUUUUUUUCUCUCCUUAGGUGGAAGUAACAUCUGUGACAGUUAUUUAAAAAAGGAUCAUCUGUUUCCUGACAGUCAGAGAGGUGGCGGCAGCAGUAGUGAGGGAGACUGACUGACCAAUCACAGCGGGUGGAUAGGACUCUGGGAGCUGCAGUUUGACCUGCUCUGAGAUCAGCUCAGGACCUGGACUCUGGAUAUUUGAUAUUUUCCCUCAUUUUCUGGGAUCAAACAGUCUGAACAGGUUUGUUUUGUUGAUGGAAACAUGAUCACAAAUUUACACUUUGAUUGGAUUACUUUUUUUUCAUGAUGCAGCACCACCUAGUGGAAAUAUAAAGUGGUUAAGUUGAUGUAUUUCCUCAUAUUUCUACAGCAGGAGUUGAUAACGUGUGAGAGUUGAUCUGUCAAGGACAGAAAUUACCGUAUUGACUUGAGUCUGGAAAAAGUGAGAUCAGCAUCUAUUCAGGGUUAACUCAUUGACGUGGUUGAUGCUGUUUUAUAAAUUCAGUGUUGAUUACAAUCUCAGCUUCAUAAAUCGAUGCUACAGUGAAGUGACUCUCUCUAAAAUCCACUGGCUUUGUGAGACUGGCAGCUUUCAGGAGAUAAGUUUGUGUUACUGUAACACUCCAAAGCUUUUCUAUCCCACAGAGAAGAUCGGUGUGUUUUCAAGGAUCUUUCUGAUCCCAUCCCUCCAAAAUAAAAAUAAUCUGAUGAUUUAUGGAUUCAUUUCAGUAACAAAGUGUCAUUUCUGUUGUCAGCCAAUCAGAGGCUGUAUCUGCCAUCAGCUGACCUGUAAAGGUCCAAUCAGAAGCUAGGACAGCUCAGGUCCCAUUCGCUCACAGCACAGAAAAAGGAAAGAUAGAACUGCUGUGAACAUAUUCAUCCUGUCCAGUUUAUCUAGUGUCUAUAGUGUCUCUGUCUGCGUAACAGUGUAUUUGUGCUUCAUUUACACCAUUUUUCCUUUAUUUCUUUUUACUGUAACAGUGUCAUUUAAAGACAAUAAAAAACUUGAUAUUAUUGUUAAAAA